AGGCGAGCGGAGGUGUGGGGCGGCCUGCUGCUGCAGUGUGCGUCCUUCGUGCUGGUGUGGCGGAUCUGGCUAGCUGAUAGUCUAGAGUGCAGCGGAUGGCGGCAGAUCCGGUGAGCAUGCUGAGGCUCGUUUUGGGGAGGCGGCAUGUCCAAGCUGGAAGCUGGUUGCGGCGCGUUGUAGGAGAGGUUCGAGGCUGCGGCUGUGGUAGUUGCGGACGGGUCGGUCAUGACCUGUACUUGUCGGCCUUGGUCGGCGCCCGGGAGGGGCACUGCCGGCUGGUGGUGGUGCUCGGUUGCCGCUUGAUGGAGCAGGGAGGCUCUGUCCGCUGUUGGAUGCGGGGUGCAGGAUCUGAUCUGGUCUCUGCAGGUCCAUCGUCGAGGAGGAAGGCUGGUGGCUCUGCACAGCAGUGGCGUGCUCGCUGGGUGGGCCAUAUGCGCGGUCCAAUGAAGGGUGUGGAGUCCGGAGGGAAUGCAGCAAGAGCAGGGCUCAAGUCGGGUGACCAAGUGCUCUACACAAGCAGCUUCUUCGGUGAUGAGUUGUGGCCGGCAGACAAGCUGGGAUUCACCAAGACAGCCAUCCAAGCAAAGCCAGACUCUGUAUACUUUGUAGUAAGCAGGGGUGGUGGUGAUAUUGAUGUGAAGCGCCUGCCCAAGAGGCCGGCGCCCCCUCGGUUUGGCCGGAAGUUGUCUGAUUCACAGAAGGCUAGAGCAACACACAUCUGCCUUGAUUGUGGAUACAUAUACUUUCUACCCAAGCCCUUUGAAGAACAGCCUGGUGAGUACGGCUGUCCCCAGUGCAAUGCACCAAAGAAGCGAUUCGCAAGAUACAACGUAGAGUCUGGGAAGCCCAUUGGCGGCGCACUGCCACCUCUUACUGUGAUAGUCAGUUUGGUUAUCGGCAUCGCUGGCAUAGGGGCUUUGCUUGUAUAUGGCCUUCAAUAGGCUUUUUCAUCUCUUGAGAAAUUUUGUUCUGGCCAUGCAUCGACAAGCUCAACCGAUUUCUCAUGUACUCUAUCUAACAGAAAAUUUCAAUAAUGAUGGGGUAAAAUGCAACAUGUUAUGUUUGA